AAAGAAAGCGGAAGCAAAACAUAAUCCGUAAGAAGACCACGAUAAUCCUCCUGUAGAGUAAAAUAUGAUAGAAAAGAUUAUUUUAUCCGACCCACUAUGACACAUUUUCGUGGUCAAAUACGAGGUCCACACUGGGGGCCAACCAUGGACAACCUGCUCAUAGAAUUUUGGAGCAAACACGAUUGUCUGUUCAACUCCUCACUGGAGUCUUACUACGACAAAGACUUGAAGACGAAGCUGUGGUCAGAGUUCGCCUUGUCCAUCGGAAAACCUGUAGCUGAUGUGGAGAGAAGAUCCAGAUCACUUCGGACUCAGUAUGGGAGAGUGUUAUGGCACCCAGAGAGGGUAAACACCUUCCAGCAAAAGAUGCUAAGGGAGAAACUGGAUUUCUUGAGGCCUUACAUAGUUCGCAGGCGAGUGGAUUCGUUUCUGGAGGACAAGUUUGAUGAUCGGGAAGAGGAAGAGGAGGAUGAGGAUCUGGAGAAUGAAGGAAGUAUCGACCAAGAGAUGGGAAGCACAUUUGGUAGCCCGCUGGAUGGUGACAUGACUGAGCCAGAUCCUGAUGAUGAACCCCGACCUGUUGCUUCUGUCUCUAGAUGUUCUCCAAUGCACUGUCCGACCCUGCAGCCUCAGGUGACAGAGGUCAUGUCUCUGAGCUGUGACCGCCACGACGACGAAGGCCCUGUGGAUCAGCCGGAUCAAACAGCUGCAGCUAAACAGGACAUACUAAACCAGUUUGUCGAGGUUAUGUUAGCAGAUAUGCGUCAGAUUAAAGAUCCUCUUGUGCUCAUGAGACUUCGCAGAGACAUUACUGACCUUGUGUUCAAAGCAGUAGAAGAAGACAUGCAGAGACGAUGCAUUCAAGUACCAUCAUCCGUGCCGUUGCUAGCAGAAAGGAUGCAGUUACAGAGUUGUGCUGGGUCUCAACAGGCACAGAUGAACUUCUCCUGGCGACAGAGAUUUUUAAAGAGAAAAAAUAAAGCGGCUGACAUGGCAAGGAGGUUGCAGAGAUGGGAGGAAGCAAAGCAUAUGAGGAGGGAGUCCAGGAAUCAGCUCACACAGCAAACACCAGAGGGGAUUGGAGAAUGCAGUAAUCAGGCUGUGAUUCAGGCCUCUGAGAUCAAAACCGAGUCAGAGCCUUGUAUGGUUAAGAUUGAAGAUGAACUACAUCCAUCAGUUUGACAUUUCAGACAGAAAGUUCCCUACAUUCUUCUUUUUACAUAGAUCUCAGUCAGAUUAAAUAUAAAAACUCUAGUUGUUAUCUUACCAGUUAGUUUAGAUUAUUUUAAGUGUGGUUGUAUGAAGCACUUAUCCACUUUCAGUGUAUUACCUACAGAAGAUAGAUGGUUGAUUUGAUACUAAGCCCUAUACAGCUGAGGGAAUUGACAGAAGCAAUAUGUAUCUUAAAUGCAUACAAACUCAGUUUAAAUGUUUAUCUUUAGAACAUAUUCACCACCUUAGCUCUUUUUGUGAUGGGAAUCUGAAGUUAUUGUACUCACUUCAAAACCGCUAGAUGCCUUUGACAAAACAGACAUUUUUACCUCAUUAAUUUGGAUUCUUCCAAACACCAGAGUCACAAGAAAACAAUAUAACAGCUUCAGUUCCCUAUUGAAAAGGGAUGUGUGAUUAUAAGACAAAGUGGUGAAAAUACUUUAAAUAUAGCUUGUAUUUUUUUUUGCAGGUGGCUAAAAUGUGCUUUUCUUUAGUGGGCUCAGUCUUUUUUUCUCCAAAAUGGCCCUACACUGACCACUAUCUACUGUAGUACAGUGACUAUGGAAAAGUACUGCAUAUAAACCCACUCCAAAGAAGACACACUAACUUUUGCAUAGUAGAAAACAGAUGAUAAUAUGCAUUGGAUGUGCUCCAUUUGCAAAACAGAAGUUGAUAAGUAGCUUGUUAGUAGGUAGCGUAUUACCUAAUAGUGAUCCAGGUAAAAGGUUAUUGACAAGAUAUAGAAUUAUCAGAUGACACUUAAGUAUGAUUCUAAGGAGAACAUCUAACAUCCACCUGCCUUUUACCAUUAAACCUAAUAAAUUUUAUAUAAUAUUUUCCUGAAUUGUAUUAUUUAUUUUCAUUGUGUGACAGGUCAGGUGUUCGUUUUGUUAAUAUCUGACAGGUUCUCAGUAUCUUGUUCUGUCCCUUUAAGGCACAGUAAUGGUAUCUGAGUGACCAAACACAAAGAAAGUAAUAGAUAUGUUAAGCUCUCAUUGAGGCCCUUUGUUUCAGUAGAGGUAUUUGUGUCUUUUUUUUUUUAAAUUUCCUCUAAAAAUGUUUCGUUUGUUAGGGAUGUGCAGAUGUAUCAGCUGAACAUCUGUAUUUCCAUAUAAGAUGUUAUUUCACUGACAGCAGUGGCUAGUAUUUACCUGUGUGUUACAUUAAAGAUUGUUUCAUAAAUUUG